AUAAGAAACUCUCAGCUGCUUAAAAAAUGUACAUGCACAAGAACACAUUCUGAAAACCUCAGGAAAAAGGAACAUAUUCUAAGAAAAGUGUGGGGAAGCGAAUCGAAUAAAAUGGAUGGAGCAGAAGGGGCUGGGCUAGCACGCGCACGCGGCCCGGCAGCAGCUAGGUUUUCUACUUUCCACGAGUCCCACGACACCUAACCAACAGUACGGCCCAAAGCUGCUAGGUCCCCGGGAUCCAGCCCACCACCCCACCUCCCCCUCCGCGGUGCGGCCGUCCAUCUACCGCGCGCGGCCGCCUCCAUCUCCGCCUCCGCCUCCCCCCACGAGCGCUGGGGCUUCCAGAUUUCUAUAGCCACAUGACCCUCCGCACCGACGAAUCACCAGAGACGGGGACAUGGGUCUGAAGGGGUUCGUCGAGGGCGGCGCCGCCUCCGUCGUGGCCGGCUGCUCGACGCACCCGCUCGACCUCAUCAAGGUACGCAUGCAGCUGCAGGGCGAGGCGGCCCCGGCGGCGGCACCACCGAUGCGCUUGGCGCUGGCGUUCCCACCCGGCGUGUCGCUGCAGGGGCAGGGCCAGCCGCCGCGCAAGCCCGGGCCCGUCGCCGUGGGGGCGCAGAUCCUGCGCGCGGAGGGCCCCGCGGGGUUCCUCUCCGGGGUGUCCGCGACCGUGCUGCGGCAGGCGGUCUACUCCUCGACGUCCAUGGGGCUCUACGACGCGAUUAAGAAGAGGUGGGAGCGGGACGGCGGCGGCGGCGCUCUGCCGCUGCACCGGAAGAUCGCGGCCGGGCUCGUCGCCGGCGGCGUCGGCGCGACCGUGGGCAACCCGGCGGACGUCGCCAUGGUCCGGAUGCAGGCGGACGGGCGGCUCCCGGCCGCCGAGCGGCGGAACUACCGGAGCGUCGCGCACGCCAUCGGCCGGAUCGCGCGCGACGAGGGCGUGCGCAGCCUCUGGCGCGGGUCGUCGCUCACGGUGAACCGCGCCAUGAUCGUCACGGCGUCGCAGCUGGCCACGUACGACCAGGCAAAGGAAGCCAUCCUGGCCCGCCGUGGCCCGGCCGGCGACGGGCUGGCCACGCACGUGGCGGCCAGCUUCACGGCCGGGCUGGUGGCCGCGGCCGCGUCCAGCCCCGUCGACGUCGUCAAGACGAGGGUCAUGAACAUGAAGGUACAGCCGGGCGCCCCGCCGCCGUACGCGGGCGCGCUCGACUGCGCCAUCAAGACCGUGCGGUCGGAGGGGGCGCUGGCGCUGUACAAGGGUUUCAUCCCGACGAUCACGCGGCAGGGGCCAUUCACCGUCGUGCUCUUCGUCACGCUGGAGCAGGUUCGAAAGGUGCUCAAGGAUUUUGACUUCUAAUACACCGAGACUGGAUUACCGUACGCCAUUGGUAAAAUUACAAUCACCUUGUCUCCCGUCUAUUGCAAGCUGUAGCUCAAUUGUACUCUGAUAAAUUACUGUGGAAAUUUUGAUCUUUCUCCACCUAUUGUUCUCUCUUGCUCAGUUUUCUCGGCCUUGCCAUUUGCCAAUUGUUUCGCUGAUGAAGGCUAAACACCAACGUUUGUAUUUUGGAUCUGUAACAGAAAGCAGACAAACGAAGAUGGGGGAGAAAAUGACAAAUCCCCAGGUUUCGCAUUUAAA